CGGGCUGCCACCGCGCCGCUCCUUCCUAAAGCGCCGCCGCACUGUUGUUGUGAGUGAGAGCUGAACACGUGUUUUGUGCGUAGCGGGUCACAGGUACAACUUUUGAAUAGCAGCGAUGGUUCAUAUAGUUUUCGACGAAGAAAUAGGCACAGCUAAUGAACCAAAGAAUAAAGGAUGGAAGAAAAAGCCUUUGCAGUUUGUGGAGCCAAAGGAACAAAAAAAGAAAUCUGCCAUCGGUAAAAAAUCUUUCAACUACAAGGAAAAUUCCAUAAUGAGUAAAUGUGAUGGAAUGUGGGUCAAGAAAGAAUUUGUUGAAGAAUAUGAUAAGCUGAAAUUAUCUCUUGAAGGACAACUCCUAGAACCAAAAGAGAAGAAGAUGAUCCUCCUGAAAGCCAGACGUAAAGCACAUAAGCAACUCAGAAUGGAACUGUUGAAGAAGGCAGAAAAGAAACCAAAGAAGCUUAAAGACAUCCAGAAGACAUCCAAAUCCCAAAUUAGUAAAGAUACCCAAGGCAAAAUGAAGCAGGGGAAAAAAUCAAAAUCACAGGUGGAAGAAAAGGGUUUGUCAGAACCAAAGCCCAAAAAAGCCAAGAAAAAUAAGGCAGAAUCCACUACAGACAUGGAGCUGUCAUCCCCUGAGGAGGAGAAAGAAGGGGAAGAGGUAGUAACAGAAAACAGAGAUCAUACAAAAAUGCCCAAGAAGGAAAAAAGCAAGGCAAAAAAGAACAAGGCUGAGAAAAAUGAGAAAUCGUCAGGCAAAAGCACUGCACCAAAGGAUUCUUUCAUGUCAUUCAAGUUCGAGGAAAGUGACAUCAUGACCCAGUAUGAAGGGGUUUGGGUGAAAAAGGCAGCUAUUGAAGAGCUUGAAAAUGUGAAAAGAAAAAAUCUUGAGUCCAUUUUUGCCAGUCGUACAAAUGGGAACAAGUCCGAAAACCUUACCAAGUCAGAAAAGAUAACCUUUCACAAGUCCAUGCAGAAGAAGCUUAAAGUGGAGCAUCGUAGAUUAAAGAAUGAGCUAAAGAAACAAGCGGAAAAGGAAUAGCAGUUGGGUUAGAUGAAAAAUUAACUAGAUUACAUUUUUCUUUCUCUGUUCACUUGUAUAAGUGCUGUCAUUUUGUGUUUGUGUGCAUGUGUGUAGGCACUUGCACACAUGCAUUUGUAUUUGUGUUUAAGAGUGUGAAUGUGUGUAUGCGGGUAUGGAAGUAUCACAUUGUUUAUUGGUUAAUAUACUCCAAAAUAAACUAUUGAAUGACUUAAA